AUGGCAGGCAAACAAGAAGAAAAAGAAGAAAUCAUGGAGAAAUGGGAAGGAAAAGCCACGGCAAGGCUAAAAGGGGUCAAACCCGAACAAGUUUGGACUCUGUUUUUGGACGAUUUUUGCAGCUUCCACAAAUGGCUUCCCACCAUUGACACGUGUUACCAAGUCGAAGGAAUCAACGGUCAACCAGGUGCCGUACGCUAUUGUUCGUCGACAACAACGUUGUCGGAUGCUAAUCAUCACCAUCAUGAUGACGGCGGCACUGCAAAAACUGCGGUUCUGUGGUGCCACGAGAAGUUAGUUUCGGUUGAUGCCGCCGGAUUAUUACGUUCUCUGAGCUAUCAAGUUUUGGACAACAAUUUGGGGAUCAAAUCGUUGGUAACUACGAUUAAGGUUUCGCCGGCAGUGAGUACGGACGGCGAUGACGAUGGGUCGGGUUGCCAGAUCCAGUGGUCUUUCGUGGCUGAUCCGAUGGAGGGGUUAAUGACUUAUGAUGGUUUCUCGUCUUACAUUAACUUUGCUUUACAAGGCAUGGCAGAGAAUAUGGAGAAAGCUUUACAGAAAUCGCCUAAAAUUGAUCAAGCCAAAUCCCAAAAUUCCAAAUGAAUUCACAAUUAAUUUGUCCAAUCAGAGGACUAAGGUCUAUAGAUACGUUAGAGAAGAAUGAUAAGGACUGAAUUAUUGCUCCUGAUCAAACAGUUGCGUUGAUGAUGAUCUAAUGGUUAUGAUAUUCUAGUACUGCCAUAUCAAACAAGUUCACGACAUACGUACAUAUGAAAUUUUAAUAUUAGCAAAAGAGAGAGAGAGAGGGAGAAAGUUGUGAGAAGCUCCAAAGUCUGAAUUCAUGGGUUCAUACAUACGAUGUCUGUGUUUGUUCAUAGUUUUAGUGGGUUUGGACGUUUGGUAAUUUGUCCAUAUAUAGCGUGGAGCGUUUAGACAAUCUAUCUGUAUAUAAACACGUGAUUGUUUUUCGUUAUUGUUAAAAAGAAGAAAAGAUAUUGUUGUUAAAAAUAUUAACUUCAAUUUAAUUUGGUUUGGUA